GAGAGGAGAGGAGAGAAGAGGAGUUCACCAUGAGGCCUACGAGUCGGGUCAGGGCUGCCAAAUGCCAGAUGCUGGCCACCAGCUUCUUUGUCUUGCUGCUGGGCUUCUCUGUGGCCACCAUGGCAGUUCUCAUGUACUUUGGAGAUCACUUUGCCAUCAUGAUCCACGUGUCCUUGGAGAGGAAUCCCUAUGACGCCGUGCACCACUGGGCCUUCUAUGUAGGGAUCAGCCUAGCAGCCCUGUUGAUCCUGGGGGCCUCCCUGAGCACCACAGCUGCUGUGAAGGAGGCCCAGGGCCUCAUGGCUGGGGGCUUCCUGUGCUUCGUUCUGGUGUUCUGUGCCCUACUGCAGGUGGCCUAUUGGAGGUUCCGCAGCCCCUCCCAGGUGGAGGAUGCCAUGUUGGACACCUUUGAUCUUGUGUAUGACCGAGCAGUGAGAAGCCCAUCCAGCACUCAGUGGCAGGAGCUGGUGGCCAUCCAGGACACAUUUCUGUGCUGUGGGAAGAGAUCUCCUUUUGGACUUCUGGAGCGCUCGGAAGCUGAACUGUGUCAGGGUGAGGAGGCUGCAAGAAAGGACUGCCUGCAGAGCAUCCAGAGCUUCCUGAGAAUCCACCAAAACAUCGUCUCUAUGCUAACCAGUGCCGGCCUGGCCCUCACGGUAUAUGCCAUGCUGCUCAGCUCCUUCCUCUGGUUUGCCAUCCUGUCCGGUUACAACUUGGACCGCAAAGGCACAUACACCGUGACCCCACGAGGCCCCAGCAUGAAGGCACCGUCCAGGAAGCAGAGACAAACACUGACUCAGACACUGACUCUGCAGGCGCCUUGAUCUUGACUUCCAGCCUCCAGGACUGUAAGAAAUUCACUCCUAUUGUCUAUAAAUUGCCCCAUCUGUGAUAUUUUGUAAUGGCAGCAUGAGCCAACUAAAACACAGUUGUAAAGUGUCUUUUCUUUACAACUGGCCACCAAUCUGUGGAUAUCACAAUGACAUCCAGUCCCCAGCAAACACCUUCCUCCUGGGUGGUGGUCCUUGCCUGGAUCCACCCCUUCACCUGACAUUGCAAAGUGACACACUUUGAACUGUGUGGCAUCUGAAAUAGCUCCAAGGAUCCCCUCCUGGCCUCGCAGUCACCUGCUACCUCCUUUAUAAGGCUAGUCCUAGCUUUUCAGGUCAAGGUAAGGUGGUAAAAGUAACUUCCUGCUCUUUGCAAAGGCUGCAAAACCACACUGACUCUCACCCCCCCAGCCUGUUCUGCAUCCUGCUGGAAGGCAGCAUAAUGACAGCAGCCCUGUGGGGAUGCCCGGCAGCCCCCCACUGGAAGGAAAGUGAGGCCCCCACAAGGAACUGGAUCAUCCCUCGGUCACUAAGAGGGGAUGGAAGUAGGUCCUGCAAGGGAGUGAGCCCACAGCCCUGGCCACUGAGAGUGGCCUCAAAAGAGAACCUGAGCCAGAAGAUUCACUAGGAAACCAUGCUCCAAUUUCUGCCCCAAAGAAACUUUGAGACAGCAGAUGCUGCUGUUUUCUGUUUUUA